CCGCGAUGUCAGACCGGAACAACAACUCAGCGGUGUCAUGGCGCCGUGCGUGAUGUCAGAGCUCGGUAACAAACAGCUCUAGUUGCCAUUCAACAAUCUGGGAUGGAUUUCUGGCUGUGAAUUAAUACCCAGUAAGAACCUUGGAGGGAUAACAAAGCAAGUAGCCGAACGGAACCGGAACAAGUGUUGUUAUUCUGAUUUGGGACUUCUAGUAAACUAUAGUGAGCUGAGCUCAUGUUGUAAUGUGGCCACGUGUUAGGGAUUUUUAUUGGGAUUUUUAUUACAUUUAAUUAUUUGUAGUGAAGUGUCUAACGUCAAAGAAAAAAACAGUCAAAAAUGUAUACCUAACUAAUGCAUUUUAUUCAAUGUGAAUAAUUCUGACUUAACAUUCAAGGUUCAUGGUUACUUGAAUCUAGUAUGAUCUACUAUUUACUUUUCAAACAUCUUCAUAGAUAAUCAUGGUGUGAGCUUUGACCUAAGCUCUCAUAAAAGUGCCUAAUUUAUAACAUCUGUGGAUAAAGUUUACAUCUACAAUUUAUUGCACCCUAAAAUUACAUGAAAUAUAAGUGUUUAAAAGAGUCCCCUAAAAUCAGUUUGGGAGAAGUACACCUUUCGGAAUUAAAACUUAAUCCCAUGGUAUUUAAAACCAGCUAUGUGGAGUUAAAACUGGUCGCACUUGAAAGAAAACUAAACUGAACUGGGUGUUGGCUCUCUGUUUCGUUUUUCAACAUAGUCCUUAACAUAGCCUAGCUGUGCCCUUAGCAUGAAGUAUUAAGGAAGCUGCACCUUUUCAGGGCAGAAUUUUGUGGGUUCCAGCUCAUGUUACUCUUCAGAUGGUACCAACAACAAUUACAAGUACAAAUUGCAAAUAAAUGUCACAUGUUUGUGUUUUAUAGCUGUUAGUUCCACACAUAGAGGGUGUUUAUCUGUUAGAUCUUUCUGCAGAUCAGGAUGGCAGACUCAGGUGACCACAGCGGUCAGCAGGCUCCAGGCCCUGGAGGCAGGGAGAGCGUAGGACCUCUGAUGGGUCGCCGACCAGCAGCUGGCAUCUCUCCUGGACGCCUGCCAACGGUGCGACCCAGAGACCUAACACUAGGAGGAGUAAAGAAGAAAACUUUUACUCCCAACAUCAUUGGCCGAAAAGUUAAAGAAGAACCAACGGUCGAAGGUGUGCCGAGGCGAGAGAGGAGGGAUGGAGAUCGAGGUCGAGGCAGGGGCCGCGGGGAAAGAGGCAGGGGCCGAGGUCGCGGCGAGCUCAUCCAGUCUCACUCCAUCUUUGAGCAGGGGCCCGGAGAGAAGAUGAUGAAAAGAAGAGGGGGCUACGAGAGUGAAAGAGACGCUCCGAGCAUGGGACCCUCGCCCAUCAUCAAUAUCAAAAAGGAGAAGAGGGAGACUGAAGAGGAAACCAAAGAGAUCCUGCGCAAAUUGGAGCGAGAAAACUUUAUAGAUGACCCAUUCCUGAGCAGCGAGCAGAGGAGCUGCCCCGUCCAGCUUCCCCUGGCUGUGUCAGGGUGGGGAUUCAAGGAGGAGCUUAACAGUGCAGCCGUUAAAGUAGAAAAGACAGACCCGGAUGAGCCCACGGAGUCUUCAGUUGAAGUGAAACAAGAGCCAGAGGAAGUGGAGAUAAAAAAGGCUGAAGCCACUUUCAAACGUCCUCCUCUCCCUGAGCCUGAAGUUCUCCCUGACCUGCUGCACAGAUGGAGCCUGAGCAAAGCGGAGGAGCUGUUCUUCAUCCAGCUGCCCGACUCGCUGCCCGGCCAGCCUCCCACCAAGGAGCACAAGACGGUAAAAACCGAGGUGCAGUCGGAGGACGGGCAGUCCGUUCUUCUGAAGACGGAGCCACAGGACGAGGAAGCUGAAGACAACAGCUGUAACCUGAAGGAUCUGAGGGAGGGCGUUGUUGGGAAGAUGCUGGUCCGAAAGUCUGGCCGGGUGCAGCUCAUACUGGGACAAGUCACCCUGGACGUGUCUCUAGGGACAUCGUGCUCUUUCCUUCAGGAGCUGGUUUCUGUUCAAACAGCAGAAAGAACGGGAAACCUGACAGUGUUGGGGAAUGUCAGAAACAAAAUGGUCUGCUCUCCAGACUUUGAGUCUCUGCUGGAGAGCAAGACAUGAUGCUCGCCCAGGCAGAGGGGCUCCCAGUUACCUCUGAUGCGUUAGACGCACUUGUAUUUAAUAAAACAAAAACUACGACCCCCAUCUCUAAAUAAACUAUGCUGAUGACUGAUUGCCUUUUGUGUUUUCAGAGCUGCUAAAAUUGCUUUGAUAUAUAUAUAUAUAUAUAUAUAUAUAUAUAUAUAUAUCAAUUAUGCAUAUUAUAGGGUUUUUUUGCCAUUAUGAAUAUGAUGGGUGGUGGUUUGAGGCUUGAGUGCCAAGUUUUGUUGCCGUUUGUGUAAAAUGAGUUGACAAAAUUGCACAUGGAUAUAAAUGUGUGAAUAAAAACAGAGUAUCCGUACUCCAGUAAAUCAUUUUUUAAGACUGGUUCACCCAGACUGCAGAAUUACUUGCAGUAUAUUUGUUUUCAUAAUUUUUUUUCCUUCACCUAUUUAAGAUGAAAAAUUUCAAGUUGCCAAUUAUGCAAUAUAGAUUCAUGCUCUCUGAAGACGUAAAACAACUGUAGGAAAAAUGUUUACAUUGUGUAGAGAAUGUCCUCUGCUGCAAAACGUGUUUGGUAAUUCCAUAAUAAAGUGAAAUGCACAUUUAGAUCAA